GGGCCGUCCAUUGCGACACCCAGCCCAGGCAGGCGCAACCCACGCCUCGAGCAAAUAAAUAGAUGUGCCUUUGUGCCUCCCACACCCUCUCCUUUCUUACUCUCCAUCCACUCCAUCAUCAACUGCCUUCCAUCGCAUUCAGAUCCGUCGAGUCGAUCAUCCAGUCGCUAUCUCCAUUACAGCCUCUACUCAACACAUCUAAUACCACCACCCACAAGUAACUCAUAAUCAACAUGCGUUUCUCCACCAUCUCCGUCGCUUUCUUGGCUGGUGCCGUCGCCGCUGCUCCUCAGUACGACGUCCUCCCAAUCAGCCAGAUUUCCGACGGUCAGAUCCAGGCUCCUCCUGCCACUCCCCCUGCCGUCUCUGCGCCCUCUGCCGUCCCCUCGGGCGUUCCUUCGGUUGUCCCCUCUGCCAUGCCUUCUGGCAUGCCUUCUGGCGUCCCCUCUCCCUCUGCUGGAGUCCCCGAGGUUCCCUCUCCUUCUGAGGUCCCUGUCGGCACCGGCCCUGUCCCUAUGCCAUCUCCUAUGCCAUCUGCCACUGCUACCCCCGUCGCUCCUGGCACCCCCGGUACCACACCCAUUGUCAUUCCUCCUGGUGGCUCCAACUCCACUGUCCCCGCUCCCUCUGGCAGCGGUGCUCAGUCAAGCGGUCCCAGUGCUAGCACCAGCGGAUCUUCCCCUGCUGGCUCCACCGGCGCCUCCAGCAGCCCUACCUCCAGCGCCAGCGUUCCCCAGGCUGGCGGUGCCGCCGCCGGCAACAUGGUCUCCUUCGGUGGCCUUGUCCUCGCCAUCGGUGCUGCCGUCUUCGCUUAAACGCAUCAUGAGACGACCAUUACACUGCCUCCACAGACACUGACACAACUGCAAACAAUCUGACAACAGUCGUGGCCGUAAGACAUCAAGUUUUUACGAUCACAACCACUACCUUGUCAUGGACUGUCGGUAGCUGUCUUGGUCUUGCUUGGGGAGGUCUGUGCGACCUUUUUGCUUUCAUCGUAUAUCAGCAAUUGUUUUGUUUAGAGGCCAAUCACGGAGUAACAAGUCUUGUUUUUUUGGAGAGCAUUAUUGCCAUGAUUGGGUUUAAUUAUUGAGACGACAGGGCCUCCACUGGGAGAGGUUCAGGAUUGGCAUUACGAAUCCGACUUAAUGCGAUAUGUCCCAAAGGGAUACCGAACACAUUGUUCAGUUCAUGUUUAUAGCUGGUUAAUCACCAAUACAACAUGUCAAGGGCAGCCGAAAGGUUGUACCUGAUCUACAAU